GUUUCAUUAUAGCAUUAUAUUGUAUGUAUGACAUAUAUUUAUUUUCCAAUAUUAUAUAUAUGUGGUCAACAAGUCGGUUCUUGUCAUAUCAUGUGUAUCGUAUAUAUAUUUUUAAUAGAAAUCCUUUACAGUUUGAGACUGUGUUUUGGAUUUUCAGUUGGCAUUGCUCUGUUGUACACGGAGAUGAAGGAUAUUGUGAUUAAGAAACUAUCGUCACGCUCUCUAAGGAGUAUAUGGUACAAAUGGGAGCUUCGGGGGCUGGUUGUGCUCAGCCUGUUUCUUCAAAUUGUACUCGUCAUAUUCGGGAAUCGACGGAAGUACAGCGGCAAGCGUUCAUACCAUGUAGCAAUGCUUGUUUGGUUAACGUACUUGUUGGCAGACUAUGUGGCAACCGUGGCGUUGAGUACCCUCCUUAAGAGCAGCAAGGAGGAAAUAACCAGUUCACUGGUUGCAUUUUGGGCGCCAUUCCUUCUCUUGCAUCUUGGUGGCCCUGAUACUAUCACUGCUUACUCCUUAGAAGACAACGCGCAGUGGAUGAGACACUUGUUCGGGUUAUGCGUCCAAGUUGGAGUGGCCUUCUAUGUCUACUUCAGGUUUUGGACCAAUUCUGCUCACACAUUUAUAGGAAUUCCAAUAUUCAUAGCCGGAAUAAACAAGUACGGAGAAAGGAAUUGGAUUUUGCGGUCUGCAAACUACGAACAGUUCAAGAAUUCCUUAUUUGCAACUCGUAAAGUAGAAAACAUUGAGGAAGAAGUUGGCCUUGGAAUGGAGGAAGAGGUCGAGCAGCUCAAGGACUAUUUAGUUCACAACCGGAUUCUUGAAAAAUAUAGAUAUCUUCAUCAAGCAUAUCUAUCAUUUCAGCUUUUCAAGCCCCUGUUUUCAGACCUCAAGUUGAGGGUAUACAAAGAGUUAAUGAGUUCCAUAUAUACAUUGCCAUGCACCAAUGAUCAGGGAAAAUCUCAAACUGGUUGCCACUGA